AUGGGUACUCACCCUGGGGAUUCGCAAGACACAGCUGCUGGAAGUAUCCUCUCUGCAGUGCAAACGUUCACUGCGCCAGAUGCCCUGCCGCCCCAAUCCCUACAUCCCUUUUCCUUGACACCACCUUACGGAUCAGUGUCAUCAUUGAGAGAGGUCAUUGAACUAACCACUCAGAUAACGAAUUCGCUCAACACACACUUGUCAUUGCCACUGUUAAACCCUAAACUACUUUCCCUAUACAGACAGCUCACCGCCAUCUCGCAUACCGCUCAAUCCUCCGAUCAGCACAUACGCCAUGCUGUUUCCGUGCUGCGCAAGCGAGUCGGAAUCACUUACGGAGAAGACGUUCCUCUGGAUCGCGCUACCAUAGUUGAUUGGUGCAUGUCACGUCUCGAAGCUUGGGGUACCUCUGCAGGCAUGGAGGCCUUCAGGGAAGAAGAACGGGAUGGGCGCAUGACUGUAGUGCUCGGCGGCAAGGUCCUUGUUCUAGACAUUGACUUCUUGGUGGACAGAACCGAUCCAGAAAAACCGAGCAUCCGUGUUGCGACAUUAAAAACAUCAUAUGCCAUCCCAAAUGGUUCGGCCGGAUCGACCACCGGAUACUCGUUGUCGUUAGACGGGUUUUUGGCGGGCAGCUUGCAGGCUUUCCUUACGGAAGUACAAAAAGAGAGUGAUGUUCAAGAUAGCAUCGAAGCAGGGCGACUGGGCAUGCUCUUUUCGGAACAUCUCUCCUAUCUAAUGAAACUUGACCAGUUGGCUCUUUCCGAAGGGGACGGCGGCUUGCGUUGGUUCAAGGAUAUCGAUAACUUGGUGCUUGCUGUCGAACAAUUUGCAACCAGUGAAGCUAAUGCUGUGAACGCCGGGCAGCGUGGCGCGCCCGUUCCACUAGAUGUUUUUAUCAUGCGCUCGCAUGCACUUCCUCUCCCAUAUCUCGCCGCACCCUCAAUCUCGUUUCUGAUUUCCAUCUCACCGCUCUCAUAUCUUUCCCUUCUCCGCGCACCUGCGUCCAUUCUUGCAGCUCCCGUGAGCAAGCUCAACCUCCCCAACCUAGACAUUCCAUUUGGCCGAUUACGAAGUCACCUAUCUUCUCAUCCCCGUCCCGCGGGUACGACAGUGGCAACCCUUGUACUCUCUUCCGCGAAGAUGUCUCUCCCCAACGCUGACCAGAUUUCCAUGCCCAACCUGGGUACACGGCCCACCUUCGCCUUGGUGCCGUCCGGUUCGGACAUCGAGCAUACAUUCCCUCAGGUGUCCGACCCUGCGGGCACAGAUGCACCCGGAUGGAUCCUGGAUUUCACAGAGGGCGGGAAGUAUUCUGGUGUGGUGAUGAGUCAGUCUAGGAUGCGAGAGGUCGAGUUUGUCGUGAAUCCUCUCGGUGGGAUGAAUCACAUCGGUAGCGUCCCUAUGAUGACGUUCGGAAGCGGGAGUUGGCUCAAUCUUCUCCUUUCGCCCCAGACCACGCUACCUCCUGAACAUUAUACGGCGCUUUAUACUUCGCCAACGUCUGCUCAUCCGCCUCUGCAAUUACGACUCGCCGCACCGGAAGAGCCCGGAUUCCUCCUGGAAGCGGUCCCUGUGCGGACCCUGAAGGAGGUAUGGGGUAUCCUGGAGAUCGUCAAAGAGCAGUGUUGGCUCAACGAAAUAAUUGGCGGACAUCCUUGGGUUCCAGAGGGUCUGGCCGCUCAAGACGACACAGACAUGGCCGACAUCGAGGCGACAGAAAACGAACUAGACGCUCUUCUCGGAGGUACUCUGAAUCCGCGCAAACUGCCCGUCAAUGUCUACCUGCCACCAUCACCCGGGGACCUGUUCGAUCCGGAUGACCUGGACGCCCUCUCGCUGCCGUCUAACCAUCGCGGAGCGAGGAUCGUCAUGAUGUCGCCCGAGCGACCGCCCAUGCCCGGGCUGGUUGAGAUAUCCGUCACCUUCGAACCCCGCCGGCCGCGCGGGGUCUCGGUCGAGAUAAAUGGGGCUAUGGGGGCGGACCUCCAGAUCGACGUCCUCGAGGAGGUGUGCAGACGGGGCGGACUGCUGGGCUUGCCCGGGAGGGUAUGGGUGCAGGCACAAGGGGCUGUAUAA